AUGUGGAGAGAAAACGGAGUAAAGAGCGAAGAGAAAGCGCUGUGUGCUGCGGAGGAAGGACCGGAGCAGCGCGGGGACGGAGAGCCUGCGCGGGACGGCUACGCUCCGUUUCUGUCCCUGACCAGCAGAGAGACCCCGGCCCCGCAGCCUGACAGCCUGAGCCUCCCCGGGCCCGGCCACUACGACGUCUCCCCCGUGCAGGUGAACAUCCAUGGAGGUCGCAGUCUGCAGAACCGCUCUCAGCGCUUUGUAGAGCCUGUUGCUCAGGUGCCCGGUCCAGGCUCGUACCAGGUCGAACCUGCCCCGGGGCAGAGGAGGAGCGAGGGCCAGGACAAACGAUCACCGCACAAAGGGACUAAGACUUUCUGCACCUCUGGGUUCCUCAACGUUCCCUCCAUCCCCUCUCCGGGUCAGGCCUUUGGGUACGAGGACGACGGAGGAGGGCGUCUCCUGAGGCAGCAGCCGCCCCCCCGAGACGGCACCUUGGGGCCCGCCUACUACAACCUUCUGGAGACAGAAGAGCCGUCCUCUCAGAAAUACAGAGGCGUCCAUUUUGGGAACAUGACGGGAAGAAGGAAGAGAGAGGAGGCGUUGGAGGACCUGCCCGGCCCGGGACACUACUGCCCCGAACUUGUGCAGGAGACACAGUAUGAGAACGUGAAUCUAAAGAAGGAGCAGAGGGUCCGCGCUGAGCUCCACAUCCCCCGAUACCACGAACUGUUGCCUCUACGGGAACAUAAGAAGACAUGCUGCCUCGAUGUGCUACCCACUAAAUUUUUAAAGUCUGUGCUCAACAGUUUGCUGUCACCACUCACUCACAUAGUUAAUAUGUCACUUCAAUCUGGAACAUUCCCAAGUGCUUUGAAAACUGCGGUUAUCAAGCCUCUCCUAAAGAAGAGCAGUCUUGAUGCCACAAUAUUGAACAAUUAUCGACCAAUCUCAAAUCUGCCAUUUUUAGGCAAAGUCCUUGAAAAAGUUGUUUACCAACAGCUUAUUAACUUCCUUGAAAUGAACAACUCCUUUGAUGUUUUCCAAUCAGGUUUUAGACCCCACCACAGCACUGAGACUGCUCUUAUCAAGGUGACAAAUGACAUCCGCCUGAACACUGAUGCAGGCAAAGUCUCAGUCUUGAUCCUGUUAGAUCUGAGUGCUGCUUUUGACACUGUUGAUCAUGGGAUCCUCUUACAGAGACUGGAGGACUGGGAGGGCAUCUCUGGUACGGCACUAAACUGGUUCAAGUCCUAUUUAGAAAACAGGGAGUACUUUGUUGAAAUUGGAAAAUGUAUAUCAGAUAAAAUGUCCCUGACCUGUGGGGUGCCCCAGGGUUCAAUCCUGGGACCCCUGCUUUUCAGUCUCUACAUGCUGCCGUUAGGCCAGUUAAUACGCAGUAAUAAUGUGUCUUACCACAACUAUGCAGAUGACACUCAGAUCUAUGUCUCACUAGCAGCAGGUGAAUAUGGACCAGUGGAUUCACUCUGCCACUGCAUCCAACAGAUCAGUGUGUGGAUGCAAAACAACUUUCUCCAGCUAAACUCAGACAAGACUGAAGUUAUCAUCUUUGGCCCACAGAAACAUAGAGAAAGUGUCAGCAGUCACCUCCAGUCUCUCUCUCUAAAACCUUCAAAUCAGGCUAGAAAUCUAGGGGUAAUAAUGGACUCAGACUUGAACUUUAACAGCCACAUCAAAUCAAUAACAUCUGCAGCUUUUUACCACCUAAAAAACAUUGCAAAAAUCAAAGGUAUACUGUCAAAGCCAGACUUAGAGAGACUUAUCCAUGCAUUUGUCUCCAGUAGGUUAGACUACUGUAAUGGCCUGCUCACUGGCCUCUCCAAACGAGCCUUAACACAGCUGCAGUACAUCCAGAAUGCUGCUGCUCGGGUCCUGACUAGAACCAGGAAGUAUGAGCACAUAAGUCCUGUGCUCAGGUCUCUGCACUGGCUUCCUGUAGCUCAAAGAAUAGACUUUAAAGCAGCUCUGCUUGUGUAUAAGUCUCUCCAUGGCCUAAGUCCAAAGUAUAUCUCCGACAUGUUAGUGCCAUAUGAACCAUCUCGCAAUUUGAGGACUUCAGGGAUCGGCCUCCUGCUGGUGCCCAGAGUCAGGACUAAACAUGGGGAAUCAGCGUUUAAAUUUUAUGCAGCUAAAACUUGGAACAGUCUUCCUGAAGAUGUGAGACAGGCCUCUACUUUGACAAUGUUUAAAUCCAGACUCAAAACAGUUGGCGUUCCAGGGCCAGGUCAGUACGACAUCCGCGGUCAGUUUGAGAGAUCCAUGAGGUCUUCUGCCAAGUCCUGCCCCUUCAUCUUCCAGGCUCAGAGGUUCAGUCCUGUGAAGGAGGUGGCGCCCCCUGUAGGAGCCUAUGACGACCCGCGCACUGCAAUGGAGCUGCUGAAGAAGUCCAGCUCUUCCCAGAAGAAGAGUCCUUUCUGUAGCACAGCGGCUCGCUUCAGCCCCGAGCGGAGGAGAAACUCUCUGCCAGGUCCAGGCUCGUACGAUGUCUUCGAUCACGGUGUGGCCCGGGACUGUUUUAAAAAGGCCUAUUUGGACCAGACCAAAGGGGGAUUUGGCUCUAGCUCUCAGCGCUGCACUGUCUUCAGCAGACAGAGCACAGGGCCCAGUCCAGGACAGUACCAGGUGGAGAGAAGGAGCGAGGAGUCCUACAAGAAGCAGAACACAGCAGUCUUUAAAUCCGCCACAGAGCGCCUGGUGUUACCCCUACAGGCUACAGACACUCCGUCUCCAAACGCGUACGGCCGUUUGGAGAAGCCACGCUCGUUCUCUGAGCCCCGGAGUGAAGACGCUCGGAAACGCCAGGGCAGCUUCCUGUCCACAGCCCCGCGGGAAAACCUGUUCCUCCGUGCAGACCCGGACAGCCCAGGUCCAGGUCAGUACAACCCCAGACUGACCCCCGUCCCACAGAAGUCGCUCAUCGUGUCCAAAGACGAGAGAUUCAAAGUCCAACUGAGCGCUGUCCCUGGCCCUGGAACUUACCAGCUGAGCCCAGGUCUGCUCCACACCGUCCUGAAGGGCACCUUUAACGUCACCCUUAAAAACCCUCUGAACGCCCGCAUGGUCCCUACGAAUGACCCCGCCUCCAAACCGACCAACCACAGCACUUCCAGCCCUCUGAACGCCUGCAUGGUCCCUGGAUCCAGGACUGCACUCAGACAGAUAAACCAGGCCCCACCCAACACUGGGGCCACGCCUCCUCCCAGCGCCCGCUAG